AUGGCACAAGCCGUCGGAGGGUGUCCCUGGGCACUUGUUCUUAUAAUCAAGUGGCUGUUGAUUAAAGCAAAAAUCGACGUGUGCUCGAGAGGAGUCGUGACGGCAGAGCCUUCCGACAAGAUUUUACCUGGCUCAGCUGUCAACAUCUCCUGCUCCUUGAAGCCCAACCAAGGCUGUUCACACCGCUCCAGUUUCAACAGGUUGAUCCUCUACAAAUCUGACAGGAGAGUCAGUUCAGGUUCCCACCGGAGUCGCUCCCUGAGUUCUCGGUUCACGGACCUCCCCCUGGGCGGAACCGAGUUUAACUGCAAGCUGGCCUGCCACGACGGUACCGAGGUUCACGUGUGCGGAGUGACGAUCUUGGUUGGAGUUGCUCCAGGACAGCCUCAAAACUUAUCGUGUGUACAGAAAGGGGAGCGGGGCACCGUGGCCUGCACCUGGGACAGAGGACGGGACACCUACCUGCCCGUGGAGUACACUGUGCAGUUAAAUGGACCCAAAAAUUUAACUUUGAAGAAGCAAUGUAAAAAUUAUUAUUGUGGCCACUUGGACCUUAGAAUCAGCCUCACCCCUGAAUCCCCUGAGUCCACUUUCACAGCCAAGGUUACCGCCAACAACAGUCUUGGAAGCUCCUCUUCCUCUCCAUCCACAUUCACAUUCUUCGACAUAGUGAAGCCUCUUCCUCCGUGGGACAUUUCCAUCAGAUUCCAGAAUGACUCUGCCAGCAGAUGCACCCUGCAGUGGAGGGAUGAGGCCCUGGUGCUGCUCAGCCGCCUCAGAUACCGGCCUGCUGACAGCGGGCCCUGGACUACGGUCAGUGUUACCGAUGCCAAAGGAAGACAUGAUUUGCUGGGUCUGGAACCAUUUACGGAGUAUGAAUUCCAGAUCUCUUCCAAGCUACAUCUUUAUAAAGGAAGUUGGAGCGAUUGGAGUGAACCCCUGAGAACGCAGACACCGGAAGAAGAGCCUACUGGAAUGGUAGAUGUCUGGCACAUGAAACGACGCAUUGACCACAAUAGACAACAGAUUUCUCUUUUCUGGAAGAAUCUGAGCAUCUCGGAGGCAAGAGGAAAAAUCCUCUACUAUCGAGUGACCUUGCAGGAGGUGACAGGGUGGAGAGCCCCGUUGCAGAACGUCACGGGGCACACUUCGUGGACCUGGGUCAUUCCUACAACUGGGAACUGGGCUGCAGCUGUGUCUGCAGCAAAUUCCAAAGGCAGUUCCCCACCCACUCGUAUCAACGUAGGAAACCUGUGUGGGGCGGAGUUGCUGGCUCCUGGCCAGGUCUCUGCGGACUCCAAAGGUGAGGACAGCAUGGUGGUCAGCUGGCAGCCCCCCAGGAGGGCGCCCUCUGCCGUCAGCCAGUACGUGGUGGAAUGGAGGGAGUUCCAGCCUGGAGGGGACUCACAGCCCCCUCUGAACUGGCUGCGGAGCCCUCCCUCCAGUGUGUCUGCACUGAUCUCAGAGAACAUAAGACCCUAUGUCUGCUAUGAGAUCCGGGUGUUCACACUGUCAGGGGACCGAGGAGGAUGCAGCUCCAUCCUGGGCAGCUCCAAGGACAAGGCACCCCGGAGUGGCCCCCACAUUCAUGCUGUCACAGAGGAAAAGGGGAGUGUUCUAAUUUCAUGGAACAGCAGUCCAGCCCAGGAGCAAACAGGCUGCAUCCGGAAUUACAGGAUAUACUGGAAGGAGCGGGACCCCGGUUCCCAGCCUCAGUUCUAUGAAAUCCCCUAUAGAGUCUCCCCAAAUUCACAUCCAUUAAACAGCCUGCAGUCCAGGGUGACAUAUGUCCUGUGGAUGACGGCUGUGACGGCCGCUGGCGAAAGUUCCCCAGGAAAUGAGAGAGAGUUCUGUCUACAAGGUGGAGCCAGCUGGAAGGUCUUUGUGGCCCUGAGUAUUUGCAUCGCCGUUGUCAUGGUGGCCACUUUCUCAACGCGGUACUUCCGGCAAAAGGUGCUGCUCCUCCUUUUGGCCCUCAGACCUCAGUGGUACAGCAGGGACGUUCCAGACCCAGCACACAGCACGUGGGCCAAGAAGCAGCCCCUGGAGGAGGAGUGGACACAGCUGCCCCUGGACAGGCUCCUGACAGCCCAAUCUGCUCCUGAGGAACCCGAGCCCCUGGUCAUCAGUGAAGUCUUUCGUCCAGUGAUCCCAGCCUUUAGACAUCGCCUGUGCUGGCCAGAAACGGGCCGAGGAGUACAAGGUCAGGCCCCCCCUGCGGAGGACAUUGUGCACGACAGCUGUAGUCCGCAGUCUCUGAGAGCUCUGCCCACCGAGAGAAGACAGCAAGUGGACCUAUACCGGGCACUGGGGGGAAGGGGCCCAGAUGCCAAGCUGGGAAGCCUGGCCAGCCCCCCAGCAGUCCUCCCAGCUGACUAUCUUCCCACCGGCGAGGGCUACCUGCCCACUGGUGUGGAUGAGGCCCCCCCAGCCGGCCUGCGGGGAGAGCUGGAGCCCCAGCACAUCUCUCUGUCCGUGUUCCCCUCAAGCUCCUUUCACCCGCUCACCUCCUGCGGUGAGAAGCUAACUCUGGCUCAGUUAAAGAUGGGGUGCGACUCCCUCAUGCUCUAA